AUGCAUCCAACUCCAAAAUAUCGUAUCACAGAUGAGCAACGGACUAGUGUUUAUGAACCUGCUGAUGACACAUUUUUGUUAUUGGAUGCGUUAGAAGAAGACAUCGAGGCCUUACGAAAGCUAGAUCCGGUGGUAGUUAUUGAAAUUGGAAGUGGCUCUGGUGUAGUUUCCGCAUUUUGUCAACAACUGCUCAGACAACCUGUCAUCAAUUUCGCAACUGAUAUGAAUUUCUAUGCUUUAAAGUGUACUCAAAAUACAGCACAGCUGAAUAACGUGUUAGUAGAAACAGUUCAGUGCGACUUAAUGCGAGCAAUAGAUCAUCGCCUGCGUAAUCAAGUUGAUGUGUUAUUGUUCAAUCCACCAUAUGUAGCUACAGAACAGGAAGCUACUUCAGAUGCUGAACGUUGUUGGGCUGGUGGUCCAACAGGGCAUAAUGUUGUUGAUCGAGUUUUUGCUCAACUUCCAGAAAUUUUGUCUCUUGGAGGUUUCUUCUACGUUGUUGCACUUGAGGCUAAUGACAUCUCUAAAAUGCUUAACUGUAUGAACUCACUUAAUUUCUCAAGCAAAGUUUUGCUUAAUAGAAGAUGUGGCAUUGAGCAUCUUUUUGUUCUUAAAUUUACGAGGUGUAAAUGA